UGUAAAAUGCUCUGCGAGUGUGUAUUUUUUUCCCCCCUCAGGGCAAAUCCGUGUGCAUCGGAGCAAGCGUGUUGGUGGUAGUGGUGUGGUGUGUUGUUCGUGGUACAAAACAAUUCGAACAAACGCACACACACACACUCGCGCGUGCCUGUUUAGAGGCUGUAGGAGUUGAGUACUUCAAACAUCAAAACAACAAUACAAGUUAGAUGUCUUGUCUAAGCUUCUUUCGCCACACCACGAGGCAGCGCCGAUGCUAAAAAAAGCUCAGAACAGACAUCUCGAUAAAUAUGGUAUCGCACGCGCAAAUCAUAGGUGGCUUGCCGGAAAGUGUGUGGUCGGUAGGUUUGUUUUGACAUUUCGCCCAUAUCACACAGCUGAUAGCAAAACCGUUUUGUACGCGAAAAAGCGAACCACCGGAACACGAGGAAAACUCUUGCGCGGCCCUCUCUUUGUCACGUGCUGGCCGAACGAACGGGGUGUUCAAUGUUAUGUAAACAAAGGCAUUGAUCGCGGGCGUAAGCAUCUGGUCGAUUAUCGCGCAGGUGAUAAGAGGAUUUGUCGAGUGGCUAAUUUUGUUCUUCUGGCUGCGUGUGUGUGUGUCGGCAUUAGCAACGCGGUUUUGUGUUCGCGAAGUGUGGGGAGAUUAUAUAGGCCAACGCAGGAACGAUGUCAAUUACCGAGAAGGACCUGUAUCGGGACACCCCGGUACGCUAUCUAGGAUAUGCGAACGAGAUUGGAGAAGCUUUCCGUCCGGUGAUCAAGAAGAUCUUUGUGCACGCCAGCUAUGCGGUGGCGAUUAGCUACGUGCUGGCGGAUACGGCGGAUAAAUCGAAGAAACAGUAUGAUAAACCAGAGAUACUUGGAGGAGGAUUCCGUGGUGCUGCCGUUGCAUCCGGCGACACGCUAUUGUGGCAAAUGUUUGCCUCGGUCAUCAUUCCCGGGUUCACCAUCAAUCGAAUCUGCUGGUUGUCAAAAGCCGCUCUGAAAGCUAACAAAGUGAAGGGCCCGGUCGCUAAAUGGGGACCAACGAUGCUCGGUCUGCUUGCCAUCCCGUUCAUCAUCCAUCCGAUCGAUAAUGCGGUUGAUUACGCGAUGGAUAACACCUACCGAAAGUACGUUAAAUAAUGCUCUGUCUGCUGCGCGGCGUCGUGUCUCGUGAACGUUGUCUCGAACGAUGAUAAAGAUGGAGAUUAGCCAAACUAGCCAUAGGAGGGCCAAACACAAAAGCGCCACACGAACAAGAUUGCGCACAAUAAUUAUAGAUUUAGCUGGUGCAGGGUGUGAAACGUGGUGAGAGAGGGUGUACUAUUUUCUGCUUUAAGGACUCUCCGUACAGCGCACGGAAGCGGAACUGGUGUGCUGUGCAUUGUUGUUAGCUCAUAUUGCUCUAGACAUACACCGAUAUACAGCGCGAUAACGUUAACGUUUGUUAUACACACAGCCACUUCACUUGUGAUAGGCACAGAUUAGCAGUUUGUGGAGUUACUUUCAUUGAGUGAGAAUAGGACCACAGGAUGACUCAAUUACUACUACAACAUGGUGCUACAAACCUCGAACUACUCGAAGGACACAAUAAAUGAAAGCCAAAAGCUUGCCUCAAUCGUA